UUGGAGCUCUCCCGAGCAGCAGUUGAUAAAUUUUCUUUGGAUCCCGUGCGCUCCAUUUUGACCGUGCGCUGCCGUGUUCGUUACGAUAUUUGAAAAAUAGAAAACAGAAUCAAAGUGCGAAAAGCUCGCAUUGAGAAUGUUGUUAAAUAGAAAUUACAGAUAAAAUUCCUAAUGUCUAAUUUUCGUUGACAAAUUUACAGUUUUAAAUAGAAAAUAACCCAAAAAAAUUAGCAUCUCUCCAAAAUUAAGUGUUAUGUUGUGUGGAGUGUGGAGCUGCUGCUGCUCUCAUCCAGAUCCUGUGCAUAUCCAUACAUAGCCGUUCCGAAAAGCUAAUAACAGUUUGUCGCCAGGCAGCAGCCGUUGGUGUUGUCUACCGUUGCCGUGUCCGAGUCUGAGCCCGACCACCCGCGUCCGCUAUGAUGCUGGACGAUGACAACUCAGAUCUCUUGGUCUGUGCAUCCGAAAUGAUGAAAGAUCGUUUGUAUUUUGUGGCGUUCAAGAAGAACAUUAAGCCCAAGAAUACCGUCAACACGCAUUACUUUAGCAUCGACGAGGAGUACAUCUAUGAGAAUUUUUACAGCGACUUUGGUCCCCUCAAUAUCUGCAUGCUGUAUCGCUACUGCAUGAAGCUGAACACAAAGCUGAGUGCCAAGUGCCAUGCCAACAGAAAGAUUGUCCACUACACCUCCAUGAAUCCGGCCAAGCGGCUCAAUGCGGCCUAUCUGAUUGGUUCGUAUGCCAUAAUCUACCUGAACAAGACGCCGCUGGAGGCCUAUAGACCUCUGGUAUCUGGCGAAAUACCCGCCUAUACGCGCUUCUGCGAUGCCAGCUAUGGACCCAGCAGUUUCAAGAUCUCUCUGCUGGAUUGCCUGAAUGCCGUGCACAAGGGCCUGCAGGCGGGCUUCUUCAAUUUCGAUGACUUUGAUGCCGAGGAGUACGAGUACUUUGAGCGCGUAGAAAACGGCGACUUCAAUUGGAUUGUACCCCAGAAGUUUAUUGCCUUUUGUGGGCCCCAUCAGAAGAGCAAAACCCUGCCCAAUGGGUAUCCGUGCCAUGCACCCGAGCGGUAUUUUUCAUACUUUCGGGAUAACCAUGUGACGACCGUGAUUCGAUUGAAUGCAAAGGUCUACCAUGCCUCGUCGUUUGAGAAUGCCGGCUUCGAUCACAAGGAUCUGUUCUUCAUCGAUGGCAGCACACCGAGCGAUGCCAUCAUGAAGAAAUUCCUCUCCAUCUGUGAGACGACAAAGGGUGCCAUUGCCGUGCACUGCAAGGCGGGAUUGGGUCGCACGGGCAGCCUCAUUGGAGCGUAUAUGAUGAAGCACUAUGGCUUCAGCGCUUUGGAGGCGAUUGCCUGGCUAAGGCUGUGCCGCCCGGGCUCCGUGAUAGGACAUCAGCAGCAGUGGAUGGAGGACAAACAAAGCUGGCUGUGGUCCGAGGGCGAACGUAUGCGCCGUCGCAGUGGCAUUCCCAUGUUGCGGCACACGUAUGGCAUCUACAGCCUGGAGCUGAAAACCAAACUGACGGAGGCCUCGUCCGCCUCGAAUCCCCUCGAGCAGGUGGAUCUGCUGAUGAGUCGCGUCAAGGGGAUUUCCCAGCGCGUGGACACAAUGCAUCUGCAUGAUCAGGACACCGCGCUGGACUCGGCUGCCGAUCAGACGGACGAGGAGAUCAGCGAGCAGCGGCGACUCGAGCGUAACGAACGAGCGCUGUACCGCUGCAGCACGGAUGAUCCCAAUUGCAAUGGCAGCGACAACGACACGGACACGGCCAGCGCACCGGCCGAGGCCCCACCGCUGGUCUCCACCUACACAAUGUCCACGCGACGCCGCAAGUCCCCGUCGGCGGCCAACAAACCCACAAUGAUUGCCAACUCCCUGAGGCGCCUGGUCAAUCCGGUGGCCGUCAAUCGCAAUGCCCACAGCGUCAGCCCACAGACGACAACGCCGGGUGUUAUCUAUCCCACGGCGGAGGCCGCCAGCUGCACGGAGAAGAAGCUGCGGAAGCCCAGUGGCAAUGUAUUCGAAGCGGCACGCCAUACCAUCGCCUCGACGGUGCGCAUGACGCAGACGGCACUGGAGAAGAAGCAGGCCCAGACGCAGGGCGACAAGCUCAAUCAGAUCAAAGCGCUGCGGCGGCACCAUUCGCGUUCCGUAAAUGUAAACAGCAACAGCGAGCUGGACUCGAAUCUGAGGCAUACGCGAGCCCGUUCCCAGCCCUUUCGGAACAACAACAACGGAGUGGCGACGACCCAUGCGACGAUACCCUCGAGGUGUUCAACGCAGACCACAACCUCACUGCUGCAAGGGACAGUGCCGACAGUGUCUGCGGCAGCGGCGGCCGUUGCCUUGGCCAAUAAUCUGAACAAUAACAACAACAACAACAGCAAUAGUACCAUACCCCACAGCAGUACUCUAAGCCCAUCCCUGAAUAACCAGAAUUAUAAUCAGAACAAAAACAACAAUGAUGGCACCACUAACAAUCUCCUGCCCGGCAGUCGCACCCGCAGCCUGGCGAUCUACAGCAAGAGAAUGGAAUUGAAACACCUGCGCAAGGCGGAACAGCAGGAGCAGCCGGUGUCCACUGUAGGCAGCAGCGUCAAGCCACCACCGUAUGCCACCAUCAACGAGAGCAAGAUCCCUGUGGUGAUGAUGAGUGGUGGUGCUGCCGGGGCCGGUGCCGCCGGUGCCGCUGGCAGCUCAGCCACCAUUCCGCCCACGCGUGGCAGUGCCGCCCGCACCUCGCACCACCACAUGACGCUCCGCGGUCGCUCGCGUAUCCGCUAUCAGCGUCCUGCGGCCGGAGAGCCUGCACCGGCGGCUGCACAGGCCCAGCCGUGUACGGUGGCUACAGCGCGCUACUAUCGCGAUGUGUCCGCCAUACCCACCGCCAUGUCAUCGCUGGUUGCUUUGGGCAGUGCUAGUGCUUCCCAUUCUGCUUCCACUUGUACAACUUCCACUGCUGGUUCUGGUUGCUAUAAUAUAGCCACACGAUCCUCAUCCGCCACGCUCGAUCUGAACUCGAAUCCAUUGCCAGCGGCCACACAAGGGACUGUGACUGGGACUGGCACUGGGGCUGGGGCCAAGUCCAAGCUAUCCAACAACACGAACAACAACCUCAACAACAACUGCAAUUUGAGUAAUUCGCAUUCUUCUGUUUCUCCUCCACCCAACCACAACCACAACCACCUCCCGACAUCCUCUCCAGACACAGGCCGUCUUAGUGGGCGUGGCAGUGCCGAACUGGAGGCAAUCAUCGAGCACGUGGGAGCGAGACGGAACAAGCGAUCCCUGAGCUCAACGCGCCUGGACAAGGACAAGUGCGACGAAUACAACACGAAGCUACUGCGCAAGACGAGCAUCGUAGCUGUGGCCGCCGCAGCAGCAGCAGCAGCAGCAUCAUCCGCAUCCGCAUCGAAUGCCAACAACAAUCACAGUGGAGGCAGCAGCAAAUACAGCAGCAACAGUGGCACACCCACAACACCCAGCACUGGAGGCAGCUUCAAGCUGUCGCGUCGGGUGUUUGGUGAAUCGGGUUCCUCGGCAUCCACAUCGGCCUCGAAUUCGGGCAUACCCACGCCAACGGCACCGCCAUCAAGCACGCAGUGGCAACAGCAGCAACACCAUGUGGUGCACCCCACACGUGUUGGUAGCCGCCUGUCCAUCGAUCGGGAACGCGAGCGCCAACAGCAGGAGCAGCAGCAGUCGUUGAAGCUGCGCAAGAAGAUCAGCUACUGAGCAGGAGAAGAGUCCCUCUCGUCCAUCCUGGUUGCCUUUGGUUUUACAGACAUACAGUACAUAAUCCUUUGUUAAAUAGUGAGAAAUUAAACCUCCCAAUGAGAGAAAGAGAUUCCAAGUGCCAGAGUUUCGACCGCCGCUUGGUUACUCUUUUGCCUUAGCAAUUCUUGUACAAAGUUAACGAAUCGAAACAUUUAAUUCAAUUUAGACCUCUUGAUGUUUUAUCACACACAAAAACCAAACCGAAACCAAACCCUUUUUUGGAUUGUAUUAACGAACGAAAUUUAUGUGCAUUAUUCAGACUCGUUUAGAGUGUAAAUAGGAUACAAGUUUAUUUAGUUGUAAGCCACCCCCUAUAUACAUAGCUAUAAUAAAAAUGUUAAU